UCAUAACAACACUGCCCCAUCAAAUUGAAACAGCUUUGCAGAGAAAGAAGAGAGAGAAAGAGAGAGAGAGAGGCAUCGAAGUUGGCGCUCCUUUCCAGCUCGCCCGUCCUCAACCGACUCCCUCGCCGUGCUGUGCUCGCCUGUCGCGAUCUCCUCCGUUUCCCAGAUUUGGAUUUCGGAAGGGAAAAGAAAGGAAGCUUUUUUUUUGUUUUUUUCCUUUUUUGGUUCGGAUUGAUUCUUCCUUCAUCCUCCCCACGGACGGACGCCGGCCCGCCCUCGAUUCGAAUCGAAAUCUCCUCCGAUGUCAGUGCGCAGGCGGACGUUGCUCAAGGUCAUCGUGCUCGGCGACAGCGGGGUUGGCAAGACGUCGUUGAUGAACCAAUAUGUGCACAAGAAGUUUAGUCAGCAGUAUAAAGCUACGAUAGGUGCUGAUUUCGUUACCAAAGAACUCCAGAUUGAUGAUAAGCUGGUCACCCUGCAAAUAUGGGACACGGCCGGACAGGAAAGAUUUCAGAGCCUCGGGGUUGCAUUUUACAGAGGGGCGGACUGCUGCGUCUUAGUAUAUGAUGUGAAUGUGAUGAAAUCGUUUGACACUCUUGAUAACUGGCAUGAUGAGUUUUUGAAGCAGGCGAACCCAGCAGACCCAAGGACUUUUCCUUUCAUAUUACUUGGAAAUAAGAUUGACAUAGAUGGUGGCAAUAGUCGAGUGGUUUCCGAGAAGAAAGCUAGGGAUUGGUGUGCCGCAAAAGGGAACAUACCUUACUUUGAGACAUCUGCUAAGGAGGACGUCAAUGUUGAUGCCUCAUUUUUGUGUAUUGCUAAAGCUGCUCUUGCUAACGAUCAUGAACAUGACAUAUAUUUCCAGGGCAUCCCAGAUGCUGUUCCAGACUCAGAGCAAAGAGGCGGAUGUGCAUGCUGAUCAAGAACGACUUGACAAGAAUAUUAUAAAAUAUCUAUGAUUGCAGAAUUCCUUCAUUUUUUGGGAUUCUGUUGAUACCUCCUGCCAUUCCACGCCCUCGGCAACUAAUUUUCUCGACCAAGAUAUCCUGCAUUAGUCGCCCUAUAUUUUGAUUGCAAAAUGCAGAAUCUCGGCUGCUUCUUUUUGGUUGUUAUCGAAACGGAGUGUUUGAAUUUUGGUGUACUGGUUUUACCCUUUUUUGCCAUCAGGAUGCCUUUUGAUUCAUUGAUGAAUUAUCUUACAAUUGAAUU